AUGAGUUCUAUACUAGAACUUGUUACUGUAAAUGGCCGGCCUUUAUCAAUUAUUGAAAAUUCGGGAUUUCAAAGAAUUAUAAAUCCACUCCUAUCUGGGCUCAAUUUAGUUAUAAACAAAGAAAAUUUAUCCAGAACUAUUAAUAAAACAGCCCAAUCAAUUAGAGACAAAAUAUUGAGAGGUAGAAGGAAAAUUAAUAAAGCUAUAAAGCUCCUGCAACCUGAAACUGAUUAUGAUAUAAGGAGUGAAUCAGCAGAUGAGGAAAAUAUGGAUGUAAAUGUAUAUAAAUAUGAUAUUGAUGAUAUACAAAAUACUUUUUUAUCAACUAUUAUAUCCUAUCCGAUUUAUAGUGUACGGUGUGCAGCUCACACACUUCAGCUGGCACUUCAAGAUGCUAUAAAAUUAUCACCUAUUGUGGAAACCAUUGCAAAGGCUAGGAGCCUAAAUUUAAAAUUAAGACAUCCCACUUACCAAAAGUUAUUAAAAAAUAUGAAACUCCCUAAGCCUGUGUUAGAUUGCCACAGAUGGCAUUCAACCCAUGAUAUGUUAGAAAGGCUGAUUUUACUAAAACCCAAUAUCGAAGAUUUUUUUACAGAGCAAUCUGGUUAUUUAUUGACUGAAGAUUGGAAAGAGAUAAUAACGAUUGUUGAAAUUUUAAAACCGCUAAAAAUCGCAACCAAACAAUUCCAAUCUGAACAGUUAACACUGACAGAUUUUUAUGCAGCAUGGUUAAGAUGCUGCAUCGAACUGGAAAAAAAUCCAAACCAUUUUGCUCAAUUACUGUAUUCUUGUCUUAAGAACAGAGAAGAAAGGUUUAUAAAGAACGAAAUUCUCUUAGCUGCCAUAUACCUGGACCCAAGAUACAAGGUAUUACUUAGUGAUGAUGAUAAGAUUUGUGCGAAAAAACAUCUUGUCAAUUUAUGGAGACGAAUUAAAAGCUUAACAACGCCGAUUUUAUCUGAUGAUAUUAGUUCCGAUGAAGUUAUUGAACAAGAAGAUGAUUUAGAGAAAUUGAUACAACUUAAAGAAAGGCAGGAGAAAAUACUUAAAAGAGGGCCAACGAUUGCUGAGAAAAGUAUUGGAACAAUAAUUACUGGAUUUAGCGAUUAUAAAAGAUUAGAUAAGAAGGAAAAUAUUUUGCAUUUUUGGGAGUCUGCUAAGCUGGAACACCCUGAAUUAUAUAUUUUAUCUAAAAUCUUAUUUGCUGUUCCUGCAACCCAAGUUAGCGUUGAAAGAUCUUUUUCACAUUUGAAAUUCAUUCUUUCACCACAUAGAUCGAGGAUGAGUGAACAACUCUUGGAAGAUAUUAUGCUAAUACGUCUAAAUAAAAUUUUUAAAAUUGAUACAUGACUAUAUGCU